GGAUGUGGCUCGCUUCCGGGUGUGAGGCCAGCCCGGGCGGCUGUUGCCAGCAGCGGGUCCCCACAGCCCGGGCAGGGAGUGGGAUGGAUCCGGAGGGUGAGGCGCUGCUGCUGCUGCAGGAGGCUCGGGAGAGCGUGGAGGCGGCGCGGAGCUACCGGCGGGAGCUGCAGCAGAGGCUGCGGGGGCUGCAGCAGGCGCGCAAGCAGAUCAGAGAGAGUGCAGCUCUGACAAGGGAUGUACUUGAGCAGCAUUUUAAUGAUUUAAAAGGGACCCUGUGGAAGCUGCUGGAUGAGCGACUAGUGUUAUUGCUGCAGGAAGUGGAUGCCAUAGAACAAGAGAGCAUCAAGCCAUUGGAUGAAUGCCAGAAACUAAUAGAACAUGGAGUCAGUACCGCUGAUGAUCUGCUCCAGGAAGGAGAGUGUGUCAUCCAUGAGGUCAUGGGAGAGCAGAAUGAAAAACUGUGCAACUUUACAAAAAAGGCUUUGCACAUUCAGCUGGAUAGCUUGCCAGAAGUGCCCGCCUUAGUUGAUGUGCCUUGUUUAUCUGCCCAGCUGGAUGACUGUCUUCUUACUAUAGUGAAAAAUCAAAUCUUCAGCCAUGGGACUGUAGCGUCUCGGCCACCUGUACAGAUAGAAGAGCUUACUGAGAAGCCUGGCGGUAUCCUAGUCCGGUGGUGUAAGGUGGAUGAUGACUUUAUACCACAAGACUACAGGCUUCAGUAUCGCAAGAGUACUGCCAAUCACUUUGAAGAUGUGUAUGUUGGCUCAGAGAUGGAAUUCAUAGUACUACAUAUCGACCCCAAUGUUGAUUACCAGUUCAGAGUCUGUGCCCGGGGUGACGGACGGCAGGAAUGGAGUCCAUGGAGUAUUCCUCAAACUGGCCGUUCUACAUUAGUUCCUCAUGAAUGGACAGCAGGUUUGGAGGGUUACAGCCUGAGCAGUCGAAGAAACAUAGCACUUCGAAAUGAUUCUCAGUCAUGUGGUGUGCUCUACUCCAAAGCUCCUACUUACUUCUGUGGGCAGACAUUAACGUUCAGAAUUGAAACAGUUGGCCAGCCAGACAAACGCACCAGUAUAGGAGUCUGUGUGGAACAGCAGACCGGCUAUGACUCACUACAGCGAGAUAAAGCAGUAUGCAUUAGUGUUUCAGGGGCAGUAUUUGUAAAUGGCAAAGAGAUGACAAACCAAUUGCCUGCUGUUACUUGUGGAUCAACUGUGACAUUUGACAUGGAAGUUGUGCAUUUAGGUCCCAACAGCAACGAGGGAGGAAACACCAAACUCAGAGUAACCAUCAGUUCUAACAACAGGGAAGUAGUUUUUGAUUGGGUACUUGAUCACUCAUGUGGUUCUUUAUAUUUUGGAUGUUCAUUCUCCUACCCCGGCUGGAAGGUGUUAGUGUUUUAACCUGUCUAGUUGUUUGCUGUACAUUUUAAAAGUUGAAUUCAUUUUUCCAGCUUGUGGUAUCUAACUGGGGUUUAACAAAACUUGUCUUUACAUCACUUGAAGGUCACAUGGUGUACUUAGAUCCAUUUCAAAAUAAUGGAAAACAUGAUUUUUUACUCUAUAAAAAGCUUAACAGGCAAUUAAUUUCAUACAGCCUUGGAAUAAAAACUGGAAAAACCUCAGGGUACCUGUAUUGAAUGGAAUGAACUUUGCUUAUGCUGCUGUUCUGUGAAACAACCCUGUAACACUUGGCUUAGGAUUAAUGGUCCAAAGUUUUCUCUAUCCCACCUCCAAUAAGAGCAAACUAUCAUAGUAAAUUUCAGGUAGACUGUUACAGAAUGCUGCAACUUGAACUUUAAAAAGGCAGAACUGUUGUGGUUCUGCAUAAUAUAUUUUCUUCUGGGUGUGGUACGGUUUGUCAUCAUUCCCCAAAAAUAAGAAUGUCUGAGCCUUAAGUAUGUUGAAAUAUGUAGUCAGGCUGUUAAGUGUCUAAUUUCUUUACCAAUGUGCCUUACCUUCAAAUAGUGAACAGUAGUUUGUGUCUUCUAGAAUAAGUUUGAUAAACCACAUGGACCAUGCUUAGGACCCCCCACCUCAUAGCACCAUUAACUAUGGAACUUAAGUCAAACCAUAAAGCAAAGAAUGGUAACUUAUUUUCUUGCUCUAUUAUAAUAAUGUGUAGUAGUAUAGGAAUUUACUAUGAAUUUGAACAGGGUAGUUAAAAAUGACUGGGUAACAGUAUUAAUCUAGUCCUGUUUCUCAUCCAGAGACUGUUAGUGUUACUUAGUUUACAAGAGCAUGUUAACAAAAAAGUGUUUAGAGCCCUAACAUACAGUAAGUAUAUAAAAAACCUUUGCUUUACCUCAAAGCAAGUAUUGUGUAUAUUAAGCAAUUGUGGCAGUUUUUUUUUUUAAGUACAGGUGGUGUUAUUUUAUAAAGCUUUUUGUUAACAGUUCAUACAAUCGUAAGAUCUUGCCCUAUUCCUUUCAUUUAAAUAUACCCAUGGCUGUCGUAGCUACAGAUGCCCCUUAUACCAGUCACAAAUAAAAUUAUCCCAUUUGGACUAUGAACUUUUCCUGUCUUCACCCUAAAGGAUAUAGGAGAAGCAAGUUGAUUUUAAGACUGGCAGCAAUUAGGGGCAUGGAAAAAACUCAAGAGGGGAGGGAUUAUUCACAUUAGAGAACAUGUUCAAAGUGGGGAGAAGCUGAAGUAGGAACUUUUAUUCCCCUUCUUGUUACACAAGAAAUAUUAAAUGCAAGUGAAAAGUAGAAAUUUCAAGCAGAUACCAAAAAUUUCCUCAGCUACCACAGAACUAGAUUAAGAUUUACUGUGAAAAGAUGGUGAGAAUUAAGAAUUAGCUACAGGUAAUAAUACCCACCGAAAUUUUUGGAUCCUCAAACUUUAUCAUAUAAAGUGUUCAUUGGGGAUUAGGAGGAAACUUUCUCUGGGAACAGGUUAAGUGCAGGAUUUCUUCCUUUGAAGCAGCUGAUAGGACAUUUAGUGUACUGGAUUAGAUGGGCCACUGAUCUGAUGCAUUUUUUUUUUAACAUAAUAUAGUUCAUCUAUACCUAGGAAAGUGCUUUUUAAGACUAUUCAGUGUAGUAUCCCUAUUUACAGCAGAAUAGAGGGUAUAACUUGCCAAUAGUCAAGUUAGCAUUGAAGCUGGUAGCAGGACAAAAGUUUGUUCAUAUGCCCAUGCCUUAUCUAUUGGAUAUUUCUGAUCCCUUUCCCUGUGAGUCCAGAUGUUAAGUACAGGGUGUGUAUGAUUAACAGCCAUAAAACUCUACUUUAAGCAAAGAGAGCCAGAUUGCUAUCUUUAAG